AUGCAUUGCGAACUCGGCAAACCAGUUUUUCCAAAUGAACAUGGCGCCGACUCUCGGGAGCGAAAGCUACAAAUAAUGCCGGUGUUGGCUCGCUGUUUCGUACGUGUGCAUGUGCAUGGCAUGGUGUGCAUUGAAUUCAUAAACAUAGGGACCACGGAGAAAACCUUUGCUCUCAUAAAUUACAGAGCUGCGAAUGAAGCCAAUUUUAUGAAAACUAAAUUUCAGACAAAAAGUCUGUGGCAGCAAGCAGUGAAAGAGCUGGGCCUGGAGGGGAAAGUGACCCACAAGCAGGUCAGUAAGAAGUGGGAGAACCUGAAGAAGCGCUACAAGGACCUAAGGGACCCAAAGACUGGCUCAGGCACAGAUAGCGGGGAGAAGACCGCUUCAAACUGGCCGUAUUACGCUGUGCUUCACGCAGUCUUGGGGGGAAGGCCUGCUGUGGAUCCCCCUGUUGUUGUGGCGUCUUUCAGGCCAGCUGAAGACCCUACAGCUUUGCUAAUGGCCACUGUCAAUCCUGACGAGACCCCCAGUGAAGAUACUCAGUUGGGCUCUGCCUCCUCUGCACCAUCGACCCGGUCUGCUUCUCCAGCUCCAUCCUCAAACAAUCCUCCCUCUUCACCAACCCCGUCCUCUUCAUCCUCUCGCCAUAACACCCCUACCCCCAGAAAAAGGAAGAGGACAGAUAGCCAGAGCCAAGCAGAGUCGGACAAGGAACAGAGAAGACACAAGGAGUCAGAGGAGAAGACUUCGCGCUUUUUAAGUCUCUUCGAGAGGAUGGUGGAAAAGCUGUAG